UUUGUUUUGAAAAACCGGAAGCCAUGUGGUCAGUCUGUUUUGACAUUUAGAUCUAGAUAAGGUCCAUAAAGGUCGGGGAAAUCAGAACAGGUGACAGGGGUCUACUCCCACCGCUUACCAUUAUUAAAAUGGAGGUAUUUCGGAUGGUAGAACUCGGAACUGAGAUUGUCACGUACCUCAUGAUGCUAAGUGCCAUACCAGCAUGUAUAGCUGUGUACAGAUCCAAGGACCCAAACAAGAUGAACUAUAUCUUCUGCCUGUUAGGACUGUUGAAUGCUUUUGCUGGAAUUGUGUAUGGACAGAUUCUGGAGAAUAAUUCCUUGAUUACUAUAAACUGGGUUUGUGCUGUCUUCCAAGCUGUUUUUGUUUUAACCAUUAUACUUGUCAGUCAACCAAAGAGUAAACCAAUGACACAGGCCACUAUGGCAGGCCUAGGACUCCUGACGUUUUAUCAAUACCUCAUCCAUGUUGUUGUCCAUGAGACAGCUAUCCUUAAUAUGCUUGGAAUGUUCAUGUUUGUUAUAGCAACGGUAACCUGGGCAACACCAGCACUGGAAAUUAGAGACUGUAUUAUGAAGCAGAGUUCAGCAGAUAUAUCUAUCUCCAUGCUGGUUGGGAGUAUUGCUUGUGCAUUAAUGUGGCUACUUUAUGGCCUUAUGUUAGAUGACUUUUUUAUUUAUUCACCAAAUGUUGUGGGAUUAGCUACCGGUGCUGGCAAAGUGGCAUGUUUAAUAAAGUACAGAUCAAAGAGGAAAAAUGAAUAAGUUUAGACAUUAUGAUUACCAGUUAAUAUUAUCCUACUUUAAUUUGCUGAUUGUGCCUUCCGAAUUGCAAUAUAUUGUGAUAGGGUAUUUUUUUUCAUGUACUUAUUUGUUCAUCUCAAUAAGCUUAUCUGUGAUUGUUAUUUUGAAAAACUCAAUUAAGGUGCUAUGUAAAGUAUUUUUUUCUGCAUUGACACACACACUUCACAAAGAUUAUCCCCUUUAAUAUGACAGUCUUUGUUAACAGAGUCCCUCUACAAUGAAAAUUUAUGUGUAAAUAUUCAUUUUGUGUUUUUUGUUUCCCAAUUCUAGAUAUAUAUUGAACGGAAAUAGGAACACAGGAUAAACUAUAGAACUGAUUUAAUUUUAUUUCAAACGUAUUUUCCAGUAUUGUUAUGCAUCAAUGAAACGUAUCUUAAAUCAAAAUGUUACUAAAAUAUUAUUUGAUUUUGAUCAGUAAUAAAACUCAUAUGAUACUAUUUUGGUCCUUCAAAAUGAGAAAUCUGCCUCUCAUUAAUUAUCUUCGUUGACUCUGAUUCAACUCUGUAAGGAGUUCAUCAGUGUAUUUUUACGAAAGAUUUUGUUAAAAUAUUUGUGGUAAAUGAUUUAUUUUUAAUUUAAAACUUCAUAUUUUGAUUUAAAGAAAGAGUUUUUUUGGAGGUUUGUUUUGCUCUGCUCCUAUUUUAUAUUGUUUGAUAGACUUUUGAGCUUGAGCACUGUUAGUUGUCUCCAUAUAUUUCCUUUCACCAAGAGAUUUAAAUGAAGUUUCAAAUACUUGUUUAAAUAUCUUAAAUAACACAUGCACUGGCCAUGUAAAAUUCAAAGAAAAAUAAAUUAAUUGCACAGUUUAUGACUUUCCUUUCGUAUUGUAUUUUCAUUGGAUAACUACUUCCAAAUGCUACACUCUGAUUUAAAAUAUCAGACCUUUCAUUUAUAGUGUGCAAAAUAAAGUUGUUAUACAUUAAAUACCUUGAAAAUGUGAAA